AUGUCUGAAGAGGUAUGCUAUGUUUGCAAAAAACCAUUUGAAGAUGAUGAAGACCCAAUUGAAAUUAUGAAAGGAAAAUAUCUUGUUCAUGAAGAUUGUUUUGUAUGUGCUGAAUGUGGGGAGCCAUUAGAAAAAUAUUUUAUGAAAGAUAAAAAAUUAAUGUGUAAAAGCUGUGCUUGUCCAAAGUGUAAAGUUUGUGGAGAAGCAAUUGAAGGAAAGAUUAUUCGUGUUGAAGAAGAUAGAUAUCAUCCAGAUUGUUUCAAAUGCCCAGAAUGUGGUACAGUUAUUGGAACUAAUGAUUAUAAAAUUAGAGAUGGUAAAGUAUUGUGUAUGGCUUGUGCUGAUAAACAAUAA